AACGCAACCCUUUGAAUAAGUCGAUAUUCCAAAGUCGACUCUGAUACGACACAAGAAAGAGGAUCUUCCGCUUCGACCCCGCGAUGGUAUCUCGAGCCUCCGAGGCCGGUGAGGGGCCUCUUCCGUCGAAACGCCCCGGCACUCCUGUCAAAUCUCGACUGGCGAGACCCGGCUCCAGUCCCUCGAAACGGGAGGAUAGACCGAGGGAUGAGAGAGUAUCGAAAUCGUCGGCGAAAGAUGUCGCAGAGUUGAAAGACUACCAACUGGGUGAUUGCUUGGGUAGAGGUGCAUUUGGUUCGGUCUACAGGGCGCUGAACUGGAAUACUGGAGAGACGGUCGCUGUGAAGCAGAUUAAACUGGUCGAUCUGCCGAAGAGUGAACUCCGGGUCAUUAUGCUAGAAAUCGAUCUCCUGAAAAAUUUAGACCAUCCAAACAUUGUCAAGUACCAGGGAUUUGUAAAGUCGGUCGAGACCCUGAAUAUCAUACUAGAAUACUGCGAGAAUGGGUCCCUGCACUCUAUUGCUAAAAACUUUGGCCGCUUUCCCGAGAACCUGGUGGGAUUGUACAUGUCCCAGGUUCUCCAUGGCCUCUUGUAUCUACAUGAGCAGGGUGUCAUCCAUAGAGACAUCAAAGGAGCAAAUAUCCUAACGACCAAAGAAGGCCUCGUGAAGCUGGCAGAUUUCGGCGUGGCCAGCCGGACAACUGGUUUGAGCGAAUCGAGUGUCGUUGGCACCCCCUACUGGAUGGCCCCAGAAGUGAUUGAGCUUUCUGGUGCGACAACGGCGUCAGACAUCUGGAGUCUUGGGUGUACCGUGAUUGAGCUGCUGGAAGGGAGGCCGCCAUAUCAUAAUCUCCAGCCAAUGCCAGCUCUUUUCCGCAUUGUCAACGAUGACCAUCCCCCGCUGCCGCAGGGUGCAUCUCCGGCUGUCAAGGACUUCUUGAUGCAAUGCUUCCAGAAGGAUCCCAAUCUUCGUGUAUCAGCCAGGAAAUUGCUGAAACACCCAUGGAUUGUUAAUGCGCGCAGAUCAGACUCGGUGGUUCCCAAAAAGUCAACCGAGUAUGAAGAAGCAGUGAAAAGCGUUCAAGAAUGGAACGAAGCUCUACGGUCCCCCGAUACGGGCACAAUGCAUAGAACGUUCCGCUACGAAUCAAAUUCAACGCCCUUACGACAGGUCUUGCCGUCGUCACGGAGCACUCCGACGAAAGAUGGGCUACCAGCCUCCAAAUAUGUUUCUGACCGAUUCCGAUCUCCCGAUGCUACGGAAGAAGAUAACUGGGAUAACGACUUCGCCACGGCUAUCUCGCCCAGCGCGUUGCAGUUGCCUCAUCUCCGCCCACAUGAUAAUUUUGGCGGCAUGCUUUCCUCCGAAAAGCUCAAGGCAUUUGCGUCUCUUGAUGGCACCGUUUUAAGAACAGACGAUGGGUUUGAAGAUUUUGGAGAGUCAGAUUUGCAGGAGACCAUUCGGCCUUACCCCACCCAGCAAGCUACUACAGAGGACGUGCACCUCCAGACACCCUCUCGUCCAGGGACCAAUAAGUCAGUGAUGCAGAAUGUGCCAAUUCUGCAGCACCCUGUUCCUCCGGCGAGAUCGCAGCGCCCCGCAUCAUUUUUCAAAGAGAACUCCGUUGAAGAUUAUUCUGAUCUCAUAAAAGCUAAUGAGGAUGUGCUGGACCACAAACUCAGCGCUUUCCAGGAGGUCGAUGAGGAUGACGAACCAUUUGGAUCCUCGCCUAUAAAGGAUCUUUCUCGAUACCAGGAAUCGUCUGAUGAUGGGGAGGAUCAAAUGCCACAGCUCAGAAAACGGAUUUCGGUCAAGCGGCAUCGCUCUGCGAUCGAAAUUCAGCGAUUUGCGGAAAAAGAAGGUGACGAGGAUUUCUCUGACAUCUUAGGCGCAGGUGAAGUCGCUUUAGACAACCCAGACAGUGAUGGUAGCUCGGGGCAAAGCACCUUGAUGCUCAACUCCAAACUGUCCAACAAUUCGUGGCUUGGAGACCAGGAUGAUGAAGAUGAUCCAUUCGCCCAACUUGAGGAAGGGCUGGACGAAAUGGACCUCGAGGCUAACAUUGCACGCGAUAAGCACGCCCGGCUCCGCAACCAGGUGGAGGGACUUGUCAGUUCGUUGAAGACCUCUCAGGAUGAAGACGUUCUCGCAGACAUCUCCGAGCAGCUUUUAACGGUCUUCUGUGAUCUUCCGGAAACGAAAAAUAUCAUAAUCAGUGCCCACGGAAUGCUCCCGAUAUUGGAAAUCCUCGAUAUGUGCCGUCGCCGUGACAUCGUAUUCUGCCUGCUGAGGAUUGUCAACGCGAUCAUAUACAAUGACUAUGAGAUCCAGGAGAAUCUGUGUUUUGUUGGAGGUAUCCCUAUUAUUAAUGAGUUUGCCUCCAAAAAGUACCCGCGAGAGAUUCGUCUUGAAGCAGCCGCUUUUGUGCAACAGAUGUAUCAGACGUCUACCCUUACUCUCCAAAUGUUUGUCAGUGCCGGAGGUCUGAAUGUAUUGGUUGAAUUCUUGGAGGAUGACUAUGAAGAUGAGCGUGAUCUGGUCUUGAUCGGAGUCAAUGGGAUCUGGAAUGUCUUUGAGCUGCAGGGAUCGACGCCAAAGAAUGAUUUCUGCCGAAUAUUAUCACGCAAUUCUGUUUUAGAUCCUCUGUCUCUCGUCUUGAGCCGUGUACUGGACGAAGAAGGGGAGCUAGCGGAGAUCAUUGAAGGUCGGAUUGCGAAUAUCUUUUUCAUUUUCUCUCAGGCCGAGAAUCAUGUCAAAGAGAUGGUUUCUGAGCGAACUGUUCUUCAUAGGGUACUUAAGGAGCUGAAGCGCAUGACUCCCGCUCAUCAGAUCACUAUGUUGAAGUUCAUCAAAAAUUUGUCCAUGUUGUCCACAACCUUGGACUCGCUGCAGAAUUCCAACGCGAUUGACGUGCUGACCGAACUCCUAAGAUCGACCAUAAAACGCCCGCAUUUCCGAGAGGUGUCUAAUCAGAUCUUGAAUACUAUCUACAAUAUGUGUCGUUUGAACAAAUCUCGACAGGAAGAUGCCGCCUUGAAUGGGAUUGUGCCACUACUGCAAAAGAUUGUGAAGACUGAACGGCCACUGAAGGAGUUUGCUUUGCCAAUUCUUUGCGACAUGGCCCAGUCUGGGAAGGUUGGGCGGCGUGAGCUGUGGCGUAAUAAAGGGCUGGCGUUCUAUAUCUCUUUGCUCUCUGAUCCAUAUUGGCAGGUGACUGCUCUGGAUGCUAUUUUCACAUGGCUGCAAGAGGAAACGGCCAAGGUUGAGGAGCACCUCCUAGAUGGCCGCGCUGACAAGUCAUCGUUUACGGAUGCUAUUGUCCGCUGCCUGACCGUAUCCAAGGCCAAUGCUUUUGAGAACCUUCUUGAGCCUCUCCAGAAGCUCCUGAGACUCAGUCCCCCCAUUGCUUCCACGUUGGCCCGACCAGAUUUAUUCACCAGAAUCGGGCAGAAGUUGCACCAUAACAAGGCUGCGGUACGCUUGAAUCUGCUGCGAAUAAUAUCUAGUAUUUGCGACUCGACGGAAGAGCAAGGGGGUUUGCUUGCGCGAUAUGACCUGCUCGACGCUAUUCGAGAAUUGGAACAAGAUCCUGCCAUUCUUGUGAGGGACAUGGCUGGUAAGCUUAUCCAAUCCAACGAAAAGAGCGAAGCGUAUAGUCUGGGCAAGCGCAAGCCCGGCCUGCGUCGGCAGAGUACAUCCGCCACGCCUCCUGGCUUUCUCGUGAAUCAAUCCGCGCCAUCCACACCGCAUAGGAGUAGUCAGUCGAAGGGAUUCUAUGAAGGACGCGAGGGCCCACGGCAUCCACGGAAUGCUCUCAGCGGUUCUGCUUUGGCGUUGCGUCCCGGAAGCAGAGACGGGGCCAGCCCCGGUCUAGUAGCAGGUGUCAAUGGAAACCCGGGCGCAUCAAGACAAAGGCUGCCACGGCCACUGUCCAACAGACUCUCUCAUGCCGAACUCUUGAACGAAGAGGACCCUCGACCAGCGAGCUCGCUUUCUCGACGACAGUCGAUUCUGCCCCGCCGUCGUCGCCCGACUCAGACGGAAACAGACUGGGCGGCGUAACUGGUCAUGUUCUUGACAUUUUCAUGUUGAUCCCGUCUCGUCGGACGGUUGUUGGGGUACAUUGCAUAGUAUGGCGCAUUGGGAGUUUGAUCUUUCGAAUGCCAUGGGGGCCCUUCUGGGACGUCAGGAUUGGUGCUACAUGGGUUGUUUCGAAAUGGGACUGCAUUUGCCGGCUCACGG